AUGGCCAAAUAUUCCGAGCUCCCGUUCAACGUGACCGAGCGCAUCAUUGAUGGACAAUAUAUUCGAGAAUACCCGGCUGCGACUGUUUCCCAAGAUUCCUUGAAACUUGCGGUAAAGAAGUAUACGCCAGUGGACAACCCGAACCCCCAGCCUGGCGAUGUAACUUUCAUUGGGGCGCACGGCGCCGGCUUCCUGAAGGAGCUAUACGAACCUCUAUGGGAAGAUCUACUCAUCCAAAGUGGAAAGGAUGGCUUUCGGAUUCGAGCGGUGUGGAUCGCAGAUACGGCGAAUCUAGGUGCAAGUGGCAUCCACAACGAAGAAAUCCUCGGCAAUGACCCAUCGUGGUUCGACCAUAGCCGUGAUCUUAUGUGCAUGAUCAACCACUUCCGCGACGAAAUGCCACAGCCCAUCAUUGGUAUCGGACACAGUAUGGGUGCAGGUCAACUUGUUCUCCUAUCUCUCAUGCACCCUCGUCUAUUUGCAUCAUUGAUCCUGGUGGAACCAGUGAUCGCAAAGGACAUUUUCUCUGGCUAUGCUCCCCAAUUGACGCUCAUGUCUUUGAAGCAGCGAGACACCUGGCCAUCGAAAUCUGCAGCCAUCCAGGCUGCCAGCAAGACAUACAAACGAUGGGAUUCGCGGGUCCUGGAACGAUGGAACAAACAUGGAUACCGCAGUCUACCGGCACCGGCCUAUCCACAGAAAUAUCCAGAGAACAGCCAAAGUGACCCUCCGGUCACACUGAAGAACUCGAAAUACCAGGAAGUCCUACAUUAUCUCCGACCGAACUAUAGCGGCAAAAGUCCCCCAGAGCAAGGAGAUCCCAGGAACGAUGCAGCCUACGACCCUGUCUUCUACCCUGACAUCAUAGGCCCAGCCUAUGCAACUAGUCCUUUCUACCGGAGUGAGGGACCCAUUGCAUGGAAGAUGGUCAAGCAUGUUCGCCCGCCACUUCUCUAUGUAUUUGGAGAGAAGAGCCCGAUGUCAACACCAGAGAAACGGGCAGGGCUUUUGAAACGAACGGGCACAGGACUGGGUGGAAAUGGCGGAGCCAAACGUGCUCGGGUAAAAGAGGUGGUCAUUCAAGGUACUGGGCAUAUGCUGCCGCUGGAAAUGGUUGCAGAGACAGCUAAUGCUGUUGGUCCUUGGGUUGCUCAAGAAAUAGACCAGUGGCAGGAAAUUCAGACGCGCAUGGCGCAGAAAUGGAAAAACUGCAGCGUGGAGGAGAGAUUGAAGAUCUCGGAAAAAUGGAUGCCUAUAUUGGAGGACCUUUUGAAACCUGAUGAGCAGAAGAGGGGCUCGAGGCUUUAG